AUGUCGUACCGGAUUGCCGGCCGCCUCGACAACCGCAGGUCCUUCCGGAACAUAACUGAUAUUUGCCACAGAGCCGGCAUUAAGGUCAUCAUAGACACCGUCUUUAACCACAUGUCGGCCCUCAGUGGGAUCAGCACCGACGGCUCGUCAUACUCCAAGUAUAACUACCCUGGCCUCUACUCCUUUUUCGACUUCGACGACUACACCUCCGGCAUCAGGGACUACUCUGACCAUUGGAACGCCCAGCACUGCAAACUUCUCGGCCUGGCCGAUCUGGACACCCAUGAGGAGUACCCCCGGAGGGCCAUAUCCGGCUACAUAAACGACCUGCUCAGUCUCGGCGUCGACGAUUGUCCGAAUUUCCUAUCUAGAAUCACAUCGUCGAGAGAUCUACCAUGCUCCUAA